CGCUUGCCCGGCGCGCCCAACGGCCUCGCUCCGCGCCCAGGGCGACGUCAUCUUCCACUACCGCCUCACCACGACCCCGAGCUCCAGUCGGAAAUGCCUCGGACCCGCACCGCGUCCGUCCCAUCACCGCCGCUCCCUCGGCGUCCGGGCCCCCCCUGGAACCCUAGCUUCGCACCUCCUUAAGCCCCGGCCUCCGCCCCUAACGAAACCCUAAUCAAUUCGGGGGUUUUCCCCUUCCACCGCCGCCAAUUUCAAGGAGAGGGGGAGAAGCAGAGGGGAGGGAAGGACGCCGCGAGGAGGACGACCGCGGCCGGGAUCUUCGUCACGCCUGCGCCCCGUACGGCUACGUCGACCGUAGCUGCGCGGCACUGCACAGCCUCGACCCCCCGGCCUCACCUUGCCACCGCACCCAGCUCGGCGUCCACAGGCCCACCGUAAUAUAGCAGCGAUGGAAAUGUGUUACGAUGAGGGCAAUCUCCCCAUUAUGGAAAUGUUGGAAAUGUGUUCCGAUGAGCGCAAUCUCCUCAUUAUGGAAAUGUGUUACGAUGAACUUGAAAUGAUGGACUUUGAACACUUCUCGGUGUACGACAGACUGACAAUGGAGAAGUGGACGCGUAUUGAAAUAAUGGCAGGAAAGCUGUGGGAAAAGUGGCAAAACGGAGCUGCAUCAUGGGCUAUGCAGAGUGCUGGAUCAUCGACGUCAUCACUACCUCCUCUCCCAGCAGCAGGCCCGCCCCCUAUUUUGGAAGAGCUGCUGGGACCAGGAUUACAGGCAGUUGAUGUUCUCACAGUCACAGAAAUCUUGGUCUCCAUGACGGAGAUACUAGCUGUCGGAGGAUUUCUCGGCGCUCUGGGUUUUGCCGUUAAUGUCCUUGGCCCAAGAGUCGCUCUUGCUCAACUUCUUGGUCUAACUGCGACGGCACCAGCUCUUGGUACACCUAACCAGGAUCAGUCUCGGCGGACGAGGAGGAGGAGCCGGUGGGGGCCUCCUCAGUGUUACUUGUGCAGCCGCCGUGAGGUGUCACAUUUCUUUAGCUGCUGUCAGGAUCUGGUUUGUUACGACUGCGCGUCCGGGCGGGGUCCCGCCAUGUGUAGGUGCACCUCCAGGCGCCGUCCAGUGCCGCACCGCCCACAGUACUCGCCGCUUCCAAGUCGGACAGUGCGCCUCCUCCAGCACCCAAUCUGGCAGAUCUACAACAUCUCAGAUGAGCCUAACUUCAUCGUAAUUCGCUACUUCCGGCCAGAGGACGCCGCUUAUUCGCAAGAGACCACCGGAAUCCGUUAUACCUUUCACUUCUUCAUGGAGGGCGCGCAGUGGACGAGACGCAUUUCAGCCUGGUACACUGCUACUCCUCACGCCCAGGUGGCGCGGAUUUUUCUCAUAGAGGACAGCAACCCUGAAGGCAACAACGAGGCCGAGUCUCUGUAGUCGUCUCCUCACGUCCAUUUUACUUGAGAAGUAUAAACUUCAAACUUGUGUUUCUCUCUUCUACUAGGUUUGUGCCAGUCUGUUGCUACGGGUUCAUAAAAAAUCCUACCAUGCAGUAUAUUACGGUGAUGAAUUUUGGCACCAUAGCCACACAUGAGGCAAUAUUUUGAUAGACAUUUGUUCAGUGUUGAUCCUCUCCCGUAUUGGUUGCAACAGUUUUUUGUUUGCA